AUGAGAGGGUGUAUAUGGUAUGUAUUUAUUGUAGUUUCUCCCAAGCUUGCAAAUGAUAUUAAAGGGACAAUUGAAACAGCCAAAUGGGUUAUUAAAAUGGUUGCGUGUACAAAUGUUUAUAUUAAAAUUCCUGCAAUUGAUGAAUCCAUUCCUUCAAUAAAGGAAUUUAUUUCUCUUGGGAUAGGUGUAAAUGCCACUGUUGCAUCAAUAAUAUUGUGCUUAUUGUUUGUGUGUUUUGAACAACUCAUAUUCUCUCUUCCUAGAUAUGAAUCGGUUAUUAAGGCUUACAUGGACGAUCUUGACGCUUCUGGUAUGAAUGAUUUGUCAAAGAUUGGUACUGUUGAAGCUCUUGACCUCACAGGAAAGGCCUUUAAUUUUUGUCGCCUUUGGAUCCAUAUUUAUUAUACUCGAGGCACGGUGGUUCUGGCGGAGUUCAGUGCCGUCACCGGCAACACAGGCGCCGUCGCUCGUCGGUUACUCGAGAAGCUUCCUACCGAAUCGGAUUCCAGACUUUGCUUCUCUCAAGAUAGAUAUAUCUUCCACAUACUCCGAUCCGAUGGCCUCGCGUACCUUUGUAUGGCCAACGACACCUUCGGAAUUAGUUCAUCUAUUAAGAGAUUCAAUUGUGUUGCGGAGAGGUGUUCUUCAGAGGUUUUUCUGGCUUCUGUUGAGUGUUUGGAACUGAUCAGGCUUGAUACUGCAAAUUAUGCAACCGCGUUAGAAGCAGAAUCAAACAGAGGCUUCAUUCAAUUGGCAUCUGAGGAACAUGGUGUGGCACCGUGUCUGAUGCUGUCAUUGCUUUUGAAUGACACUUUUCCGUAA